UUAUGGCGUGCUGCUUUGGGAACUGCUAACAGGAGAAGUACCAUUCCGAGGAAUCGAUGGUCUUGCAGUAGCAUACGGCGUUGCCAUGAAUAAACUUGCCCUUCCAAUCCCUUCCACAUGUCCAGAGCCUUUUGCCAAACUCAUGGAAGAUUGUUGGAACCCUGAUCCACACUCACGACCUUCCUUUGCCAGUAUCCUAGACCAUCUCACUGCCAUAGAAGAGUCUGGUUUCUUUGAAAUGCCCAAAGAUUCCUUCCACUCCCUGCAGGAAGACUGGAAACAAGAGAUCCAAGAGAUGUUUGAUCAGCUCAGAGCCAAAGAAAAGGAGCUACGCACAUGGGAAGAAGAGCUGACUCGUGCUGCUGUUGAACAGAAGAACCAUGAGGAGUUGCUACGAAGGCGGGAACAGGAAUUGGCAGAACGCGAGAUUGACAUCCUGGAAAGGGAGCUCAACAUCAUCAUCCACCAGCUGUGUCAGGAGAAGCCUCGGGUGAAGAAACGCAUGGGGAAGUUCAAGAGGAGCCGGCUCAAGUUAAAAGAUGGCAAUCAUAUCAGCUUGCCUUCAGAUUUCCAGCAUAAAUUCACUGUGCAGGCUUCUCCUACAAUGGAUAAAAGGAAAAGCUUGAUCAGUAGCUGCUCCAGCCCUCCCGCAAGUCCUACCAUUAUUCCCAGACUCAGGGCCAUACAGUUGACUCCUGCCGAAAGCAGUAAAACAUGGGGACGAAGCUCAGUCCUUCCAAAGGAGGAAGGAGAGGAAGAAGAGAAGAGAGGCCAAAAGAAAAAGGGACGCACGUGGGGACCGAGCUCACUUUGUCACAAGGAGCUAGGCACAGGAGAAGAAGGUCUGAAAGCUCUGGUAGAAGGAUACAAACAGUGGUCAUCCAGUGCACCGAACCUUGGGAAGAUACAGAGAACUGCACCUGCUUUUCCAGGAUUCACCAGCUUAGCAGAGAUGGAUGAUGAAGACAGCGAAUGUCUUAAUGGGGAGGGCAAAGUGCACCCUUCACCUGUGCACAAUCAGUCAUACCUCUGCAUCCCAUUUCAGAAGAAUGAAGACUGGGAUGGCCCUUCUAGUGAUGCCAAUGAGGAGUCCACCCCUGUGAACUCUGCUACUAGUACCCCACAGCUGACACCCACCAACAGCCUCAAACGUAGUGGCUCCCACCACAAGCGAUGUGAGGUUGCGUUGCUUGGCUGUGGAGCAGUGCUGGCUGCUGCGGGCCUGGGUUUUGAUCUGUUAGAAGCAGGGAAGUGUCAGUUGCUGAUUGAGGAGGAGCCAGAGGCACCCAAGGAAGAGAAGAAGAAGCGUGACAGCAUUUUCCAGCGAGCAGGACGCCCACGCAGGAGCACUAGUCCACCUUCCCGAAAGAUCUUCAAGAAAGACGAUCCCAUGUUGCUGCUAGGCGAGCCAUCCACAUCCCUCACCCUUCUUUCCCUGUCUUCCAUUUCCGAAUGUAAUUCCACUCGGUCCUUGCUGCGCUCUGACAGUGAUGAGAUUGUGGUGUAUGAAAUGCCUGUCAGCCCAGUGACAGUCAAGGCUCCCUUGCCAGCCAUUACCAACCCACUAGUCAAUGUCCAGAUUGAGAGGUUCAAACAAGACCCCAACCAGUCCCUGACUCCCACACACGUGACGGUCUCUUCCCACACCCAGCAAAGCGGGCACAGGCGCACACCUUCUGAUGGGGCCAUCAAAGGGAGUGGACUAGUUGUCAAUGGGUGCCCAACCAGUGGAUGCCCUUCCAGUAGCUGUUUAACUGGAGCACUGGGAGCAGGUGUAUUAAAAACACCUAGUCCAAGUAGAGAUCCUAAUGAGGUCCCUCGCCUGCCAGACCCCAACCUUGUUUUUCCUCCAACCCCGAGACGAUGGAAUGCACAGCAGGAUCCCACACUGGAAAGACCCAAGACAUUGGAGUUCCUGCCCCGGCCACGUCCUGCAGCCAGUCGGCAGCGGCUUGAUCCCUGGUGGUUUGUGUCACCCAGCAAUGCCAAGGGUGAAUCUUCUGCCAACAGUUCAAGUACUGAUACUCCAAGCAAUCUGGACUCUUGUUUUGCUAGUAGCAGCAGCACUGUAGAAGAGAGACCUGGACUGCCUGCACUGCUUCCUUUCCAGGUGGGUGUUCCUGUAGAGGAGCGGACACUGUUGGACAUAGAUGCUGAGGGGCAGAGCCAGGACAGCACCAUUCCACUAUGCAGAAGUGAACUUAAUACACACAAAGCUGCAGCAUAUGAACUCAAGCAAGAAUUCUGGUCUUAA